CAAUAUACUUAUAUACUAAUGCAAAUUACCUGUGUAUAUUCUAGUAGCGUAUUCUAGGAUGAAGGAAGUACUUUUACCAUUUUCAGAUACAAAAAAAUUCAAUUCAUUGACCAACCUUGCCUUGAUCGUUCUCUUGGUCACUCAUUCCAGCAGCUGAAUACCAUUAAGUCCUAGGGGAACAUAGGGUAGAUUCAAAGAUCAGACCGGCAACAUUUCUUUAUCGAACAUCGGGGGUCGAAAACAUAAUGUUGACAAUAUCAUCAUGGGCAAGACCAGCCAUGCUAUUCGAAGGUCUGGUGUGCGCCUCAUAUCCAUGGGAUCCUCUCAUCGUGAUCUUCAAAUGGUCAUAUCCCAGCUUAAGAACGUGAAAAACACCUUUAAGGUGUUCUCUAAGGCGCAACGCGAGGCCCAUCUAGAUUUGGUGACAUGGAGUGCUUCUAUGGAGAAUCGAGCCAUCAAAGACACGCUGAUGCGAAUGGCAGAACUGACCUCAAUUUGGUGCGAUGAGAUCUGUGAAGCCUUUGCCGAUCAAAUCAAGGUGUUUCGUCUGGAGUUUGAGGCCAUACUAGAGGCUGAAAAGGUUUUGGAUCAAGCUAAAAUCAAUGUGGAGGAGGUGAAAAUGAAGGAGCAGAAGAUCUCAAAAGAGCUAAGGAAAAUGGAUCCCAACGUGAACAAUACCCGAGAUCAAGAGACCAAACUUCGGGUAGCCACUGAGCAAAGGUUGUUGGCUGAGAGAAACCUUGAAGACCAAGCCGAGGAAAUUGAAGUUACCAAGAUGAUACGGGUGAAGAAAGGAAUGCUGAAAUAUGCCGAGGCCCAUAAAACACUGGGAUCAAAAUGUGAGCUGAUCUUUUCCUCGGGACAUCGAGUGGCCUCUCAGAUCCCGGAUGUGGUAGGAGAAUCGAUCAAGAAUAUCAGAUAUACGGGUGGCAGUGUCACUUAUGAGAUUGUCAGAAGCUUGAAGGAGCAAUUUGGUUAUCCCGAGCAAUCCACUGCCAGACGAAGACGCAACCAUAGACGCAGCAGUGCGGGAGCAAUCAGUCAGGAACCACCCACAACGCCUUCAAAUGCCUCGGUUAAUGAAAGAACGUUGUCUCCUGUUACGCAUCCCGAAUUUAAUGACGAAGAUCCGCCCCCGUACUGGUCUUUGCAACCACAACAAGCAUCAAAUCCUUUCUUUGAAACCAAUCCUGUCGAGGGUGAACGUGAUUUUUCACCCAAUGCCCCACAAGAAUCGAAUCCAUCGAAUCCAAACUUAGGCUCGCAUGACAAUCCUCGUAACCGAGGACGUCGCCAUCAACGCCAAUUGUCCAUCGAGAGACUCCAUGUGACUAAUGGGAGAGACGAGGUCGCUGAAAAUCAGCCUUCACCAAGAAUGAUGCCUUUCUUAAAACGAUUGAGCUUGGGGAACAAGAAAUGACACUUUGAAUGAAGCCGAAACAAAUCAUAUCCCAUAAUGCAACGAUUCAAUUCAAUCACGAUUAUUUUUCCUGAAUUGCUUAUAUAUAGUUUUUACACAUUUACCUGAAUCGUGAACCAGACGACCUUGUAAAAGGAAUAGUAAUAAUAAUGACAAUCAGAACCAUGA